CGGGGGCGGCGGCAGGUGGGCGUCUGCAUGCGGUGGCUGCAAUGGACUCGGCCAUGACCGGAAGCUGCGACGACCUGGUUGCCAUGGCGAAGCGCCUAGAGAAGGCCAACCUCUCUGUUGACGGCGUCAGCGUGCAGGCACGCCGCAAGAGCAGUCUGCGUCGUCGCCGCGGCAACAACCGCGGAGAUCUCAUGCUGACCUUGAAGGCCAAGGAGAGGACGCUCAAGGACAAGCAGGUGGAGCUGGCAGCGAUCGAGAAACUCCUGAACUCGGCGACGUCUGCAGAGCUGCGAGCGUGGGUGGAGCAACAACCGGCCACCGCCCCCUCCGCAUCGGACCCCUCCCCCAACCCCUCCCACGCAGACGCGGGGGCGGGCCGUCGAGACAAGCCUUCCAAGAAGCGAACGGUCGUCGCCAGGGAGACGGAGGUUUGAGCGCGCGUGAGUCGUCGCCGCGGCGACGGCGUCAACGGUACUCCGAUGCUGCGUCGAUUCGAUAAUUCGUCACUAGCGACGGCUGGUUCCGGAUGGUUUGCAGUUUUCCGGAUAGUUC